GAUGGAAAACAUCUGCAGUCCGGAGUGAUUAAUCUUGUUGCCGUUGGGUUGACACAAGCAUAUCGUGGCUGCCAACGAAGUGAUUAUUGGUUCAUGCCAUGGUCAUUUACGAAUCAUGUUUUAAUGUGGACUGAAAAGCCGCCUACAGUGGAGAAACUAAUCAGGCACUACAAAGAUAAAUACAUGGGAGAUAUUGAUGCUUGCAAGGAGAUUUAUCUCCCUAUAUGUGACCAUGUGUAUGAACACUGGUACUUGUGUAUUGUUAACGUUGUG